AUGUGGAUGAAGACUAAUAGUUGUAGCCUACCGAAGAUGGUUCUCAAACAGUUUGUAGUAGUUCUUGGAAGUGGCAAUGUCGGCAAAACAAGCAUUUUACACAAAUACCUCAACGACACCUUUGCUGACAAAUACACCCAGACUGUUGAAGACGUUUACAGUCAGGACGUUUGUGUUAAAGGUGAGGUUUUCAUGAUUGACUACCUAGACACAUCCGGUUCGAUUGCCUUCCCUGCAAUGCGGAGACUAGAGAUACAGAAGGCAACCGCUUUCCUUCUUGUCUUCUCCAUUGACAAUGAAGACUCGUUUGAUGAAAUGAAACGGACAUGGCAGGAAAUCAAGACUUCUAGAUCGGACCACAAGGACAUACCGUGUAUCGUUAUUGCUAACAAGAUGGACAAAGAAAACUUCCGAAAGGUAGAAUAUUUCGAAGCCUUGAACUGGGCUGAUAACAACGGUUUGGGAGGAAUGAUGAUAGAGGCAUCACCGAAAACAGGAGAAAAUCUCGAGAACGUUUUUGAAAAAUUGUUUACAGAGAUAAGUUUUAAGGCGCAUCAACAGACAGCACUCAGGACGCAAUCACAUAAGAAAGUACGGAUGGAUAUGCUUGGAACAAAGAAAGGACGAUUUAAACCCUUCACAACUUUGAUUUCGUGUGGACGAAAGGAAGAAGAUUGA